AUGAGGUCCUCGCCACCAAGUAUAGAAGGCAUGAAUGAACUCUCAAGAGAGAACGUCGACCACGGUCAAAGGAAAGAGAGGGGGGGGAAUAACUCUGAAGAGGAGGACAGAGGGAGAAGAAUAGAGAAGAGAGCGAGAGUGAAAAAAGGGAGGAAGAGGAAAAAGAAUAGAAAAGAGAGAAAGAGAGAGAGAGAGAGAGAGAGAGAGAGAGAGAGAGAGAGAGAGAGAGAGAGAGAGAGAGAGAAGAAGGAUACAAAAAAAGAGAGGGGAGAUGGAGCAAAGAGAGGAGAAGCCAUAUUAGAGCGGGAGAGAAAGAAAGAAAGAAAGAGAGAGAGAGAGAGAGAGAGAGAGAGAGAGAGAGAGAGAGAGAGAGAGAGAGAGAGAGAGAGAGAGAGAGAGAGAGAGAGAGAGAGAGAGAGAGAGAGAGAGAGAGAGAGAGAGACCUGGAAACAGAAGCAAAACGUCAACCGCGCAUCGCCGGACAAACCAAAGACUAUCUUCUACUUUCCUUCCUGA